CAGAUUCUGCAAACCCUUACCCAACAGCCAAAGAGGCUAUUGUAGAGAAAAGUCAUUCCGAGCACAUCCAUAAUGGACACCAAUCUAAGCCUAUUCUAUCGCAUCAAAUAAAUAACAAUCCCAGAGCGCAGUUGGCUGUAAGCCAUCAUCAUAUUAAACACGAUUCAGCGCCAAAUAUGUUGGACAAUAUGACUAGCAUUGAAACCAUAGGUCAAAGACCAAAGAUUUGGUCGUUGGCCCAAACGGCCACUUCUCACAGCCCACCUUAUAAUGGCAAAGUGGGUGCGGGUCCGCUCACCCCUACAGACUGGGCACCGACAUUGCCUCCGGGCCCGGAUGCGCCCAUUGCCCCCAUUGCGCCCCUUUCGCUAUCUGAUUAUCAGAGAGAUUGUCCGCAGGGGUCGAGAUUCGCGACAAACAAUUUGCGUAAAUGUGGACAGACGUGGCCCGAAGACCACUACAUCACUAACAUAGGCACCGCUCGAUCCGCUGCCAUACAGUUGUUUAGCUCAGACCCUAUAGCGUCUCACAAUUAUUUUAAUACUCAACCGAAGACGGCUAUGAGUGGCCCCUUUGUGGGCAAUGGCGGUCAUCCACAUCCACUUCAAUUGUCUACACCUGUCCCUCAUUUAGUUCACACAAACGUCGACCCGUUUGGCGGCUCUUAUAACGGCAUUCGUCCGAUCAUUGAUUCGCAAUCAUCUCAUAAUAUGACAGAUAUUAAUGAAAAUCGUUUGCCCAACGGAUCCGUUUCCAAAUCAAAUACAUUUCUGUGUAAAGUGUUUCCUGACUACAUAUCUUCAGGACCCGACGCUCUGUCCCUCAACGACAACAACAGCGAGAGGGGAGGCUCCACACUAAGCGUCGAGGAAUCGUCUCUCUCGCUUUUCAGUCUUCAGACCGAUGUUGAAGAGAUAGUGAAGCCUUCAAUUGCUAUCAACAAAAACACGACUUUUGACUUUAAGUUUGGCUUCCGAUUAGAGUCCCAUUGA